UUAAAGACGCGCACUAAAUCCUGAAGAGAUUUCAUGAAGGAAAGGUUUUUUUUGUAUUUUUUAGAUCAAUGUCAUUCUUGACAUAUUAUUGGAGCGAGCGAGAUAGGCGGUAAUUGUCAAGCGAAAGCUUAUACGUUUUGUGAUUACGCACAUAAAAAUACUAGUUAUCGCCAUGCCAACCCUGGGCACGCGCAGAAGGGAUGGAUGCUUCAGCUAUUUCGGUUUAAUAUGUUUUCACUUGCAUGCGCGAGGCCAAGACGCGAUCAGAUUUAUCGGCAUGGUUGGGUGCCCUGGUUGGGCAUAAGGUGCACAAGGUAUUUUACACUCAAAAUAAACUUAGAUUACCGCGGAACAUUGUGAAAAACACAAAGAAAUGAUGGUAGCAUUACCAUCAGCUUCUGGAGGUUCUAAGGUCUUCAAAUGUGACACCAACUUAUUGGUGUCGAUUGUGGCGUGCGUAGCAGGAGUCGUCGCCUGUGCCUCCGCCUGGCAAUGGCAAGAGGCCACGUACGCGGCCCAAGAGCACCGCGCAUUGGUCGGCCACUCGAUCGGGAACCACUCGGGGGUGACACAGGCCCUGUGCGCGGUACUGUGUCUGAGGGAAGGCGACGCCCAGUGCCGGUCCUUCAACUACCACGACACCGGAAGGACCUGCCAGCUCAACGGCGCUAGAAUGGAGGAAUUUCCCGAGAGCCUGGUGGAGGAUUUUGACUUCUCGUACUACGGCGCGCAACUUGAGGAGCCAUAUAUCGAUUUGCCGGAAUUUCACACAACACCAUCGGCUUCGGAAUGGCAGCUCGUGUUUAAAGGUGUGGCGGGCAACGGAGUGAAGAUGUACGACAUGUGGACUGCAGCAACCUGGGACGAGACUACGAUGGGUGUCGGUGGGAGCUGGCGGGAUGACUCGCUGUACGGGGCCUGGAACAGCGGUGAUCUGAACAUAGCGCGAGUCAAACUGUCCCUCUGCGAUGCCAAUAUUGGCAGUGGAGCCGAAUUAAUCUUCGACGGAACUGGCUCAGAUGUCAGCAGUUGGUUCAGCAAGGAUCGCCUCAUCUCAAACCCCUGGCAGGACCUCAUCUCGACCGCGACAAACUACUUCAGCAUCUAUGGGCAUCCUCUAGAAGAUCGCCGGUUCUUCAUCAAUCGUCGGUACGGGAACUGCGUUGGAGAUUACGGCUGGCUGGUCGUGACGGAGUCCAAUUCGCAUUUUGACUGCGAGUGGGAUCGUUCGUCCGCAAAGUACCCCUACCCGAUCAUACUAUACAGCAGGACGGCGGGCAAUGUUCAGUGGCACAAAGUAAUAACUGAAGGUACUGAUACAGUCGGACGUGCGGACUACCUAACCAUCCAUAUCGAUGUCGAGUAACAAUUCCAGAGAUUGACCAGAACAAAACUUAUUAUGAUUAUUAAAAAAAAAAAAUUGACAUUACUAUUGAUUAAACUUUAUGCAACGCCUAAAUACAUCCCCGUCAUCUGAUGGGUCGUUGAUCGCGUGUCAUUGAAUUAUUCAUCCCUGGGACCAACCCACGGCCUAGUCUGAGUAUCACCCUUUGUCCAACGGAGCCCUGUCGAUAUCCAACGCCUGUGGUUUUUAUGUGAGCACUGCAAAAUGUAUGCGACCCUACGCCAGCCAAUCUGAGUUGACUUUAGAAAUUGUGACGUCAUUUCGAUCAGAAAUGUGGACUAAGCUUUUGAUUGGUCAACUUGGCUGACAUGUUUUUGUAAUACAACAACGGGUUACAGAAGACCAGAUACAAGGCACCGCUGAAUGGUCAGAAUCUGGAGGCCAAGACGCGGUUUAGUUUUGCAUAAUUAAAUUGCCGAAUCUGUUCGCAUAUCAUAGACUCCUGCUGUGGAUUAUUCCGGCCUCAGCGCAAAAAUAGAAGUUCGAUUUUACGGUUAAUAGAAGGGAUUGGUGGCGCUAUAACACGGCUCUGAUGGCUCUGGUGCUGUAUAUCCAUUCACUCAAAAAUAGAACAUUAACGUAAGCACCAAUUUGCAAGUUACCAAUCAGAUGACGAGGAUUUAUUCAGGUGUUGUAUAAAACAAUACUCGGUUUUGCCUCGUGGAAUGGAACAUUCCAUCUGUCACUUCAUGAAAUUAUUCCUUACAAUUGCAGGAGAAUAGGGCCUAAUGUAGUUGCCUCUGUUGUAUAUAAUAUAAUGCACACAAAAGCAUAGCGAAAAAGAAUUAUGUAAAAAUUCGCUUUAGCUUGGAAGUUAAAAAGUGAUAUGAUCAUCAGAACAGUAUAGCAUUACAUGAUACUACAUGCAUAUGUUGUUUAAUCCACAUAUUCAUGCUCUUAACAGCUAUGCGCAAUGCUAUGGGACAAAUAAUGAAUAAAACGGACUUUUAUAUCUAACUCAUAAAUACUUAAUUCAUACAAUAAUUACCCAUUCUUAUUGGUUGAGAGCCACUUUUCUUGUGUCGCAUGCAAUUUGGACUCCUAUGUAGUCUGGUCCAUUUUACCCUUUUAUUGGUUGAACGGUCACAAUCCUCACUUUUUAGGCAUUAUGUACAAUACUACCAAUGAGUCAAAUUCAUACUACACCGUCACCGCCGCAAGUUCUGCGCCACAUCACGCAAUAGGCGCUACGCACGCGCCAAUCUUCUUAUACGGAGUUGUCUACUACUACUCGCGAGAGGCACCUACCAUAACAUAGCUAGAGGGGUGUUUCGAAAAACAUGAAGUAAAAUAUUAUUGUUGAACAAAAUCUUUCGAAAUUUAUUCUUUUGACAUUCGGACUUCAAAAGGUAUAUUUUAGUUAUUAUCAAGUUGGGUAAUUAUCAGCAUCAAGCCUCCAAGCCGGUCUUAAACGUAUUGUUUAAAACCAGCCAAGCAUUUUAUCCCUUAUUAUUCAUGCCAGCAGACACACACUAACAUAGCUGUGUGGACGAAAUAAAAGACUAUGUAUAUUGUUUAGAAACCACGAUCGAACAGAAAGUCAACACAAAGGUUAAACUGGAGUACAUUGUCUAAUUGGUUCAUCCCUUUAGUAUUGUAAAAUAUUAAUGCAUGUAUUUCAUUAUGGUGUAAUAUAAUAAUUAUAUUAAAAUAUUUGAUGUACUAGCAAGAAUAAGUAAUGUUAUUAGCACUUCUGUAUAUAAUUAACACACACGAACUAAAAUGCGCAAACCAGACUGCAGCUGAGUAAGUUAUGAAAAGAAUUGAGAAUACAGUAUUUAAAAAUUCACUUAUUUAAUGAAAAAUUGGAAGUACAUGCACCUGUUUUUUUGUUGAAUAGUAUUAUUAGAAAUGGCAUUCGGGUUUUUUUUAUACUUCAUGUAAAAUAACAUUCCCAAGUAGAUUAACAAUUGAUAGUAGUUGGUCAAUGUACCAAAUAAAAAAAGAUGAAAUACAAAUCCGAA